AGAAAAGCCGCCAGAACCCGUCGGUGCGGCGGGCUGCGCGCUGCUCUCUCCGCUCGCCCCCGCGUCCUCCCGACCCGCCGGGCCAGUUCCGACGCCCGCUGCCUCCGCCAGACAUGACACAAGACUACGACAAUAAAAGACCCGUGUUGGUUCUUCAGAAUGACUCUCUCUACUCCCAGAGACGUCCUUACACCAGUGAAGAUGAGGCCUGGAAAUCCUUUCUUGAAAACCCCCUUACAGCAGCCACCAAAGCUAUGAUGAGCAUCAAUGGCGAUGAGGACAGCGCAGCCGCCCUCGGACUGCUGUAUGAUUACUACAAGGUUCCAAGGGAGAGGAGAUCUUCAACAGCUAAACCAGAGGUAGAACAUCCUGACCAAGAUCAUAGCAAAAGGAACAGCAUCCCAAACGUGACAGAGCAGUCACUGAUUUCCACUGGAGAAAACAGAGUCCAAGUUCUGAAAAAUGUACCUUUCAAUAUUGUCCUUCCUCAUACGCCCCAGAUGGGCAUGGACAAGAGAGGCCACCUCACAACCCCUGACACGACGGUCACUGUCUCGAUUGCGACGAUGCCCACGCAUUCCAUCAAAACGGAGACGCAGCCCCACGGCUUUGCAGUGGGCAUCCCUCCGAGCGUCUACCACCCCGAGCCCCCCGAGCGGGUGGUGGUGUUCGACAGGAACCUCACUCCUGACCAGUUCAAUUCCAACACCCAGCCGCAGAACUCCCAGAGGCGAACGCCGGACUCUACCUUUUCAGAGACCUUCAAGGAAGGCGUGCAAGAGGUUUUCUUUCCUGCUGAAUUGAAUCUGCGGAUGGCCAACAUGAACUCAGAAGAUUAUGUUUUUGACAGUAUUUCUGGGAAUAACUUUGAAUACACUCUGGAAGCCUCCAAGUCCCUCCGACAGAAGCCUGGGGACAGCACGAUGACUUACCUAAAUAAGGGUCAGUUUUAUCCAAUCACACUCAAAGAAGUCAGCAGCAGUGAAGGAAUCCAUCACCCCAUCAGUAAAGUCCGUAGUGUCAUUAUGGUAGUGUUUGCUGAAGACAAAACAAGAGAAGAUCAGCUCCGGCACUGGAAAUACUGGCACUCAAGACAACACACAGCCAAACAAAGAUGCAUUGACAUAGCUGACUACAAGGAGAGCUUCAACACCAUCAGUAACAUUGAAGAGAUCGCAUACAAUGCCAUCUCCUUCACCUGGGACAUCAACGAGGAAGCAAAGGUUUUCAUCUCUGUGAACUGCCUCAGCACAGAUUUUUCCUCUCAGAAAGGAGUUAAAGGCCUGCCCCUGAAUCUUCAGAUCGACACCUACAGCUACAACAACAGGAGUAACAAACCUGUGCACCGUGCCUACUGCCAGAUUAAAGUCUUCUGUGAUAAGGGAGCAGAAAGGAAGAUCAGGGAUGAAGAAAGAAAGCAAAGCAAAAGAAAAGGCAAGUGCACUGACCCCAGCUCUCAGUUGAAUGCCUUUUCUGAUGUCAAAGUGCCAAUGCUUCCCUCGCAUAAGCGGACGGACAUCACUAUCUUCAAGCCCUUCAUGGAUUUAGACACUCAGCCAGUCCUCUUCAUUCCUGAUGUUCACUUUGCAAAUCUGCAGCGUGGUGCUCACGUCCUUCCUGUUGCUUCUGAAGAGCUAGAAGGUGAAAGUUCCAACCUGAAGAGAGGAGGUUACAUUGGUGAAGAGGACUUCAUUGCUACUCCAAACAAAAUGGCCAGAAUAGAAGAACCAAAAAGAGUGUUGCUUUAUGUCCGAAAAGAGUCAGAGGAAGUCUUUGAUGCACUGAUGUUAAAGACACCAUCUCUGAAAGGCCUAAUGGAAGCUAUAUCUGACAAGUACGAUGUUCCUUUUGAUAAAAUAGGAAAAAUCUUCAAAAAAUGUAAAAAAGGAAUUCUGGUCAACAUGGAUGAUAACAUUGUGAAACACUAUUCUAAUGAAGAUACCUUCCAGCUGCAGAUUGAAGAAGUUGGAGGAUCUUACAAGCUGACUCUCACUGAGAUCUAAGAUCACGGAUCCUCUGUGGAUUUUAAGCACAGAUCUCGAGUGAUCACUUUCCAUAAUGUAGUGUGUCAAGUAAAACACCAAUCACCUUCUCCAGGAGCAAGUCAGGUGUUGACUUGUUCUGGGGAUCAGAGAGGUGUUUUUGCUUGAUACCUUUGUCUGUUCUUUCUAGAGAACGUUGUAAUGCUCAUGACCUUAUUUGCACUUGAAACCAGUGAGCAAAGAACAGCAAUUAAAUAGAGCAUGUAUAAAAGACUAGUAGGUAAGGGAGGGGAAACCCUUGGAAGGUGGCCUUUUAGAGUGGUGAUGUCUUAUUUAUCUAUUCGGUACCCACGAUUGAGCCUGUUAUCAGCUAAUAGCGUUUUACUGGACUGUUUUCUGUUAGGUAGAGCUGCAAAACUACUGACUGAAACUGGUAGGAAUUGCGUGCAGGUUGGAGAAAAGUCAUCAUGAUGUUUACUCUUUAUCAGGGCAGGUUGUUGAAAUCACUUGUGUCAUGGGGGGGAAUGUAAUACUGCCUUGCUUAUGAAGAACUCGCCUUAGUAACUGUGUGAACUCUCAUCAGAUGAAGCUAUAUUGUAUAUAAGUGCAAUAUAUUUUUGAAGGUUUGUAAAUGUGUACAUACAAGUGAUAUAUAAUAUAUAUAAAAUAUGG